GCAGCCCACCCCUUUAGGAAGUGGCUUCUCUGAGAGCUCCAGGGAACUGGUUCCAAUGGAAAAAUUCUAGCCUAGAGGGGAAGUUAUGCCUCAAAAUAGUCAUCGGUGUGCCCUGUAAGAAGAAAUCCUCGCUGAUUGUGUCAUCAGUGGAGAAAGCCCUAGAGAUGUGUGCAAAGCAUUCCUACGCCCUAGCAGCAAUCCAAGCUGUAGGGACAGCAGAGGUUGGCAUAGACCCACAGACUGCAGCAGUGGCAAUUCUGAUGGGGAUCAGAGACUACUUUGUCCGUUUCCCUGAAAGCCGUGUCUCAGAGAUCCAUUUAAUUGCUUCUACGUUGAACAUGUAUGAAGACUAUCUAAAUGUGUUUAAAUUAAGAAGAAGAACCCUUUCCCAGUUAAACUCCUAUGAAUUGACAAUGUUUGGAAAAUCUGUGAAAUUAAUACUAGGUGACAUUACAGAUGAAACCGCUGACGCCAUUGUGAAUAUAACCAACACAGAAUUAAAUAACAAACAUGGUGUAUCUGGCGCAAUCUUCUUAGCAGCGGGGGAUUCAGUAACAGAAGAAUGCUCACGUAUAGGUCCCAUUCCUAAUGACGAUGGCUUUGUUAUUACUGGCGGUGGCAAUCUAAAGUGUGAAAAAAUCAUCCAUAUAAUUGGUCCCAAAAAGACUGCUCUUAUUAUUACUGCAGUGGAGAAAAUACUGCAAGUGUGCGAGCAACACCAGUUAUCUACGGUUGUGAUUCCGGCAAUUGGAACUGGUAAUGUCCUUGUUGAUGUCUAUAGUUCUAUCAGUGCCAUGCUGGAUGCCAUUGAGAAACAUUUAUCCUAUUCCCCCCAGUCUAGUCUUCAAGAAAUUCGUAUCAUUGCCUUUACUCAGUAUGUUUAUCAAGGCUUUAUCAGUGUUUUUGAAAGGAAAAAUGCAAAAGGGGUCAUCAAUAAAACAAUAAGACACACAAAUGUAAAAUUAAAACUUGGAAAUAUCACCGAUGAAACUGCAGAUGCAAUUGUGAAUAUAAAUGACAGGACAUGGAGAAAGUCCUCUGGUAUAUCUGGAGAAUUAUUGGCUGCUGCAGGUGAAUCUGUUAUAGAAGAAUGUAGCCAUAUCGACUGUAAAGCAACCAUUGCGGUAACAGAAGCUGGGAAUCUAAAAAGCAAAAAGAUCAUCCAUGUACUUGCUUCAAAACUGAUUGCAGAGUCAGUGGAGAAUGUUCUUCAAAAGUGUGAGGCCUUGACACUUAGCAGUGUAGCAUUCCCUGCACUUGGAACAGGUGGACAUGGCCUAGAACCACAGAUAACAAUCACACUGAUUCUGGAUGGCAUAGAAAAGCACCUAGCAAAACAUCCUCAAAGCUUUUUAGAGGAAAUCUGUGUAGUAACUUUCUGUGAGGACGUUUACAUGGACUAUUCAGAAGUUUUGCAGAACAGAUUUAAAGACCCACAGGAAAUAAACGAUGCAAACAUUCAAAUCAGCCCUCCAGAAUAUUGGGCAGAUAUGGUCAUUGAUGAUAAAGUUAAGAAAAUCACCCUGCUGGUUGACUCAGAGGAAUAUAGAAAUAUAGCAAGAAAUUUUAUUCAGACCAGCGAUAAUACUGACAUCCGCAUUGUUAAGAUUGAAAGGAUCCAAAAUUUAACACUAUGGAGAAGUUACUCCAUUAGAAAAAUUCAGGUUGACAAGAAAAAUCCGUAUCGUGUAAAUGAACGUCACCUAUAUCACGGUACCAGUGCCGAUGCCAUUAGGAAAAUCAAUCAUCAUGGCUUUAAUCGAAGUUUUUGUGGAAAAAAUGGCACAAAACAUGGGUUUGGGACAUACUUUGCCAGAGAUGCCUCUUACUCGUGCCAUAGCGUAUAUGCUGCUCCUGAUGAAAAUAAAUACAAGUAUGUCUACCAGGCAUUAGUAAUAACUGGGGAAUACUGUGCUGGACAAGAAUCUUACAUAGAGCCCCCAUACAUUGGUGAGGAUCCCAGCGCUGAUCAGUACGACUCUGUGGUCAAUUCUGUCCAUGACCCAAUUGCUUUUGUGGUCUUCAAUGAUAGCAGUGCAUAUCCUGAAUAUUUAAUCACUUUCACAAGAUAGUGUAGGUGAACCAUAUCCUCCCCCCCCAAAAAUUGUAGCUGAACUGUUCCUCUUAAAGUGAUAUUGACACCUAAAAAUGACUCUUCAAAAUAUGAAUGUACAUUAAAAGUUCCCUAUAGGUCAUGUUGUCCAUUUUUGACUGAUAGAGCUGCUUUUCUAAGUUAUUGUUACUUGAAGCUCCUAAACCGACUGUUCUACUAACCUGACUGUCCCUUCUAAUACUGUCAGUUACAGCUUCUAAUGCUAAUGAACUCCUGCUGCACA